CCGUUUUCCGGGUUUUCCGUCUCCGGGGUAGUUUUUCGGUCCACCGUCUUGUGCUCUUUGGUUUAUAACCUAGACAUGUUGUUCUAGACCCGAAGACCCGCCGGUCUGGAUCGGUUGGCCACAGAAUGCCCCGAGUUCUGAUAGUCGGAUCUGGGCUGACAGGCAGCUUGUGCGCAUGUCUGUUGAGAAGGGAGCUGCAGAGUGGGGUGCACGUAGUGGUCUGGGACAAAGCGAGAGGAGCCGGCGGCAGGAUGUGCACCACCCGUUCUCCAGACUCUUCCUCUCACUCAGCUGAUCUUGGAGCUCAGUACAUCACUGUGACCCCAGCGUAUGCUCUGUCCCACCACAGCUUCUACUCAGAGCUGUUGUCCUCCGGCAUCCUGCAGCCUCUCCGUGGUCUGAUGGAAGGUGCCAGGCAGAACCAUGGAGACACCAACUAUGUGACGCCACUGGGCAUGAGCAGUGUGGUCAAAUACUUCCUGUCUCAGUCAGGAGCUGAUUUGUUCUUUGAGCAUCAUGUGACUGCUCUCUUCCGCCGUGGUGCGUCGUGGGAAGUUCAGAAGAAGGUGGGGGACAGCGAGACAUUUGAUGCUGUCAUCCUAACGAUGCCGGUCCCUCAGAUCCUGCAGCUGCAGGGAGACCUCGUACCAUUGCUGUCUGUCCAGCAGAAGCAGAACUUGGAACGCGUCGUGUACUCCUCUCGCUUCGCUGUGGCUCUCUUCUACUCUCCUGACGUGGCGUUUGGGUUUCCCUGGGCGGCCCGAUAUGUGACCCACAACUCCUGCAUCCGCUACAUCACAGUCGAGUCCCGUAGACGCAACACAGCUGAUUCUGGUCGAGGUCCGUCCCUCGUCGUCCAUACCAGUGUCCAGUUCGGUCUGGAGCAUCUGGACCGGGACAAGGAAGACAUCCAGCCGGUCAUACUCCAGGAGCUCUACAGGCUGCUCCCAGAUCUGCCUCAACCAAUGAGCAUCAAGUGUCACAAAUGGAGGUACUCCCAGGUACUGACCUCUGUCCCAGACAGUCCGGGUCACAUGACCAUCCUGGAAAAGCCACUGCUUGUCUGCGGCGGAGACGCAUUCAGCCAUUCCAACUUUGACGGCUGCGUGGAGUCUGCAUUGAGCAUGCUCAGUGUGCUGAAGGACCAGCUGUGAGCAGGAUCUGAGCGUCUCACACACACACACACACAUACAGACGUGUGAAUAUUUUAUCAUUUAGAUGUUUGUGUCUUGAGACGUAAUAGGAACCUGGUUCACCUGCUUUUACCAUCAGCUAUGAAGCAUGCAACUUACACCUGGCUCAACAUUACGUUUUAAUAAGAGUCCAGAUUCAACACACUUUUUUAAUCCUAGAGGCAACUUGCUUUACCUACUUUUGAUUAAUAUCAACACAACAGACAGAAAGGGGACAAGCAAACCACAACACAAUGAUGACAGACAUAUCUCGUCUUAUACUGUAAAUGCGAGUUAUUCAGGUUUAACAGAGUUAAAAGCUCUGGUUACAUUUGAUUAACUGUGUAAUUAAAACCAGGCUUAAUUAAAACUUUGAUUAACUGA